GGUGUUCGUUUCGGGUGUCCCCUUGUCGACUGUACUGUUCAUCCUGGUUAUGUAUGUGAGAACGACGAUGACAACAAAGAUGAACAGAAAAAUUAAGCUGUUAUUGUCGCUCAUUCUGCUGGGGACAACGUGUGUUGUCCUUAUGAACUACAUUGACAUCACAAAUAAUCACGUGACUUGGUUGUCUUUUCUAAAACCAGAAAGUAGAGAUCGUCUUGUGAGUGAGAAACACGACGAUGACAUAACCAGCCUGUAUCUUCAAAGAUGGGAAGUUUAUAAAACUGCGAAAGAGCAUUUUGCCAACAGGACUUGUGAUAAUAAAGAUGUGGGACCCUGUGUGGAUCCUGCUUGUAACACGACCUUCCUGCCGCCCAGGGCGAGACUACAGCGUCUUGUGAGCACCCAGUACAACGUCAGCUCCCGCCAUCUUGAGGUGCUGAGCUCCUUGGGGGCCCGGGUGCCGCCCGCCGACCUCGUCUUCCUCACGGCGGCCUCAGAGGACCAUUUUGAUGAGAGUCAGGGUGUCAUCAGGGACCUGCAUGAAAAGGUCUUUCCUUGGCUCAGCAACAACACAAACUAUACUUAUAACUUGAUCUACUAUGACCUGGGACUCGCCAACAAAAGCUUGGCGCUGCUCACUAAGUACUGCAGAUGUCACGUGCUGAGUUUCCCAUUCCAGUCGCUACCUGAAGUCUUCAAGAAUCUCAGAACGUACCAGUGGAAGCCCUUACUUGUGAAGGCGCACAGCUCACACUCCAAGCUGCUGAUGUGGAUGGAUGCUUCGGUCCGCUUCAAGUCCGGUGAUGUCAGCCUCAUCAUCCAGCGUGUCAUGGCCGACGGAUUUUUCAUUCAACACCACAUCUACAUGAUGCCGAGACACGUGAUGCCAGUGAUGCUGCAGUAUUUUCACACUGAAGCCUGUCUCCUCGCCCCCUUCUAUGAGGUGGAAGCAAACUUCUUUGUGGUCAAGAACGAGCCGCUGAUGAGCAAGGCUGUACUGGAUCCUUGGGUCGCCUGUGCUUUUGCCCCGAGAUGUGUUUAUCCAGGUGAUGACUGGAGAAAACUCUUAGCAUGUUUUGACAACAAACGAGGCUAUAGUGUGUGUCACAGAUUUGACCAGUCGGCUCUAGGUGUGAUUCUUGUUACACUGUUUGACUUUAAACUGUCACACCUUGUAGUUCCUGACAACAAUGUUAAUAUUUGCAGAGAAAACAAAGUAAAAUAUUUCCCUAACACACUUUAAAUAAUCUUUAUUUCCAAAAUUAUUCAUGUAAAUUAUUAUUUCUAUUGUUGCAACCAAGAUACGGUUUUGGCGAGUUGACCUUUUCCUAUGCUCUUCUCAAGAGGGAAAUUCCCUUCUGUGAUCUUUGUCACUUUGACUGUGCUGGUCACUUCAAAAAACAGUGAAAUCUUUGUUAAGAUUUCCUUAUUAAGAAUCCUUCUUAGGGACGACUGACAAACUGUUUCACGAACUCAUUUGUUCUAUAAACGCCUCCCCAACCCGACAACGACCGCAGUUUGAGCUCCAUUAUGACUUUUCCUAAGACUUAUGUGUUGAAAAAUAGUUAACACAUAAAAGGCUGAUUUUGGCCGACCAUUUGUUCUGCAUUUAUUACAUGCACAGAUCAUGUAAGAUAAAUUAAGCACAGUUUAAAAGAACAUUUGUUCCUUUAUGUGUCUUUGUUUA